AUGGCAGUUACUGAAGAAGUUCUUCAUCGUCAAGCUCAAGGAGAUCUUAAUAAUCAUAUUUCUUCAGCCCAAGCAACAUUUGCUCAGAUUUUACUUGUUAUUCGACGGAUUAUGUCUGGAAAUCAAUUUGUAUCAGCUUUGGGAACCAACUUUUAUCUUCAUUAUCCACCAUCAAAUUUUGGAGAUUGGUAUCGCCCAAAAAUGUUACCAGUGGUUUAUAUUGAAAAUAUACGAGCAACAUAUGCUAGUAUGAUCAUCUCGGAGUUUCCACCAGAUAUCAAGCCACUAAAUACAUCGAUUCCUACUCGAUUCGAUGGCAAUACAUUAGAUUUAAUUAAUCAAGCGUUUUUGGAAACAUCAGUCAUCAGCGAUAAUCGUUAUGGUCUGUACUACCAACAAUGUGCACCUCUCAGCUGUUCAUAUACAAUAUUCAAACGUCGAACUAUCAUUGUAGCCAUUUUAUUACUUGUUUCAGUUUGUAGUGGGCUCAAUCAAGGCCUUCGAUUAGUUGUACCAUUGAUUGGAAAGCUUGUUCUGGUUAUUAUCGGAAAAUGGAGAAAUCGGAAAACCGUUCGUGGUGAGUGUAUUGUGCAAAAAUAA